AUGCCGGGGAUUCCUUUAGUCACUCGUGAAACCUCCUCGUAUAGUAGAAGCACCAUAGAUCAGAUGUGCCGCGAAGAUGCACGUGGUGGUUUGCAUUUAACUGAAGAAGAAGAACUUGCUGCAGAAGAAAGUCUUUCGAUUUAUUGCAAGCCUGUUGAGCUUUAUAAUAUUCUUCAGCGUCGCGCAAUCGGAAAUUAUUCUGCAGUAUACCGCUUUAGUCGACCAUGUGUUUUGACCAGCUUUGCUGGAGUUGAGGGUAGUACUCAAGCACAAGCAAAUUUCAUUCUCCCUGAGAUGAAUAAGCUAGCAUCAGAGGUCAAAUCUGGCUCACUGUAUGUCUUGCUUGUCAGCUUUGCUGGGGCCCAAAGUUCUAUGCAUGGAAUCGAUUUAACCAAGGGUCAUUUGGAAAAUGUUGGAGGAUGCUGUCUAUUGGGAAAGAUACCAUUAGACUCACUGUGUAAUUUUUGGGAGAAGUCACCAAAUUUGGGUUUGGGACACAGAUUGGAGGUGCCAUCUCCUGUUGACAUGAAUGCUUGUUUCUUGAAGUUGAAUUCUUUGACUGAGGACAAUUGCGUUUUAAUCCAAAUUCCAUUCAAUUCUGAAACUGUGAAUACAUCACAGCUGCAAGUCAACAUUUCUGCAGAAGAAGUUGGGGCUAAGGAAAAAUCUUCUUAUCAUUCUUACACAUGUAGUGACAUUUCUUCUUCAUCGCUGUCUCAUAUUAUUCGGUAUGAUAAAGCAUUUUCACUACUUGUAUUAUGUAGGUUGAGGGCAGGAAAUGUCAUGUUCAACUAUAGAUAUUACAAUAAUAAGUUGCAAAAAACUGAAGUAACUGAAGACUUUUCCUGCCCAUUCUGCUUGGUAAAAUGUGCAAGCUUCAAGGUAACUGAAGAAUUUCAAGCUGUAAAUAUAUCUGUGAAAACUGAUAUUUGGAGAUCCGAGAUUGUUGCGGAUGGUAUCGAUCCAAAACAACAAACCUUCUUCUUUUGCUCAAAGAAACCGAAGCGCAAAAGACCCAAGAACCUUGUUCCAAAUGCAAAGAAUGCACUUGACAAGACUCUGAGCAGGCAACGGGGAGCCAGUGAGCUUCUUGACAAGAUUGGUGUCGGGAACCAUCUUUAUUCGAGUGCUGAUGUCUCAGGUGGGAAGGAUUUGCCAACUGCUAGCAUGUGUAGCACAGAGUAUGGAGAACAUAAUCGUUCUGGCUGUGAUGUUGCAGGGGUUUCAGGUUCUGCAGCACAAGCAUAUCCUGAUGCUGAAUGUGUUCAAUUGGUACCUGGAAAUAAUCUUGCACCCCCUGCCAUGCUACAGUUUGCAAAGACUAGAAAAUUAUCAAUUGAACGGUCUGACAUGAGGAAGUAG